CUUUAACAAAGUGUUGUACAGCACCAUUUCAACUUUCCAUGUUGCUUGUCGUUUACAAAUUGAUAUUUCUGCGGAUAAUUCGCCUUUAUUGUUGAAGUAAUCUGUGCCUCAUGUUUUUCAUGAAAAUCGUUUGAUUGCCGCGUUGCAAAUCUCUCAGAACACGUGCUGAACGAUCCGCCCACAUCAUCACAAAUUUGAUGUGCCCUUUAAUAUGACGGAGGAUGAGCUGUUUGUCUUGCUUGCAUCGGUGAGUGCUGCUCCAACGCUUGAAAAGCUGCAGGACAUCGAAUUUAUACUUCUGGAUCAAAGCGAUUUACGUCCAUUUGUUCAUAAAUACGAUGUUCACCUCAUAAGCAACUUCCUGAAAUGUCCCAUUCUGUUUGACCUUGCAUUGGAAAUUCUCAUUCUGUGCUUAGAUGAGGAUUGUGUGUCCCAGUACACGAACAAAAGGAAAUUGUUCCUCUUGACCGACCAGCUGUACAUGAACAGAAAUGUUAGGAUUAUAGCAGCAGUUACACGAAUACUGGUGUUGAGCAGCGAGUGCGUGCGUAUGAAUGUUGUUGGCACGCUUGAGAGUUUGGGUUUCUUUAGGAUUAUGGUCGCGCUAGCAUGCAAGGAGGGCGCUCAGUUGAUGGACUCAUUGUUUGUGUGUGAAGGAACGAUGAAUUAUACGGAGGAUGAAGUGCGUAGGAUUAGAAUGCUGUUUAACAGCGAUGCUGGAGGCGGUUCUUUACAAACAUACGAAGAGAACGCAUCAUACGUAUUGGACAUUGGUGCGGCAGGCGGUAGUUGCACACACGGUAAUAAAAAUGGGUUGACAUGUGAAACUGAGCCUGGAAUAUUACCUGGGCAUUUUAACGGAGAGAAGAUAUCACAGGACGGUGCAACACGCGAACCAGAACUAAGAACGCUACCAGAGCGAAAUAAGGAGAAAGGAGGUAUCGCACACCUUGGAAAACAUCCUUUUGAUGUUAAAAGGAAGUACUUCGACACCAAAACAUAUUUCAAGGAGAAAGAGUAUUUUAAAAGAUCGAUAAGAAAAACUCAUAAAUACAGUUUGGUGCUACUUAAGAUUCUAUCAGUUUUUAUGAACAAUCUCCGGUACUUCAUAUCGUAUCUACCCUGCAGAGCAAUUGAUUUUAUGGUUAGGCUGAAUGAGCGUGUGAUAAACAACAGAGCAAUCAUGGUAACACUCAAAGCUAUGUUGAUUCCGUACAAGGAGAAUGUUCUUGAACGGUUUCUUGAGGAGCACGACUGCAUACACGUUCUGAUUUGUGUGAUUGAUAGGAAUAUGGUCAUGAGAAAAGAUGUUCUGUCCAAAUUGAAAGUGAUAAAGAGUAGCGGUGCAAUUUUCUACAAGCUGAUCGAUGAUUUGGAGGUUUUGGAGCAGAUACGUGGGAAGGAAUGGAAUGAGGUGUUCUUUUCGUUUUUGACUGACGAGUGCGAGCAUGUGCAGCAUUGCACCGAAUGGAGCAGUGUGAAAGCGACCAAUGGCAUAGCUGAGUCAUCGAAUGCCUGCUUAGUUCAUUGUAAGAAAUACCAAACUCUGGUUUUAUUAUCAAAACUGCCUUUGAUCUUUAAAAUAUCCAAGUUGAUGGUUGUAAAUCACUGGAAGGCCGUGCUAUGCAACCAUGUUUGUGUUGGCACGGCUUGUCCAGAUUUUUAUCAGCGAGAGUUUCUGAACCAUCUCCGGAGUAAUUACCUUAACUUUGCGCGUGUCCUGUUUUCAGAAGUAAAAAUACGAGAAAGAGAACGGAAUACGGCUAAGAACGACAGCGCAGAGGAUUAUUGGAGGGCAGAACAGGAAUUGAACGCCUCUUUGGUUGAAGAGGGCAACGAUGCGUACAUAGGAAGUGAAAAUUUUAUGAGCCAGGAUAAAAAUGUGAGCUAGUGCUUGUACCACUUCUAUUGCAGUGUACACGCUGUUUGAGAAUGAGCAUUGUUCUAUGCUCAGGGAAUAGAAGGACGCGUAGGUUAAAGAGGAG